UUUUUGACUAGUUUUGAGCCAUCGUGGCUGUUUUAAGCAUUUUUGUCACUUGCCAGUUGAUGCUCAUUAAAACAUAGCCAUGUAUGUCCUAGAAGGUUAAUGUUAAACGUAUUUUCGGCUUCACUCAGUCCAUGGCUGAUCAGCAUGAGUCCAUCGAUCUUAGGUCUCCUCCAGUGGACCCAGCAGCAGCUGCAGGACUCGGCUGGUUCCCUAGACCUCCUCCACCCAUCUACUCGUGCACCCUGACCCCUGAACUGGUGGCCAAGGCACGGGAAGAGCUACAGGAGAAACCAGAGUGGCGACUCCGGGAUGUCCAAGCAUUGAGAGACAUGAUACUGAAGGAACAGCCCAAUCUCAGAACGAGGCUGGACGAUGCCUUCCUCCUGCGCUUCCUGCGGGCCAGGAAGUUUGACUACGACCGUGCCCUGCAGCUGUUGCUCAAUUACCACGCAGCUCGUAAAGCCUGGCCAGAGGUAUUCCGGGACCUGAAGCCAUCCACAGUGAAGCACGUCCUGGACCUGGGCUUUCUCACAGUCCUGCCACGAACAGACCCCAGUGGAAGAUACAUCCUCUGUCUCCGGCCAGGAAAAUGGAAACCAAACGAUUAUCCGUUUGUCGACAAUGUGAGGGCCAUUUAUCUGACUCUGGAGAAGCUGAUCCAGCCAGAGGAAGUGCAAGUGAAUGGUAUUGUCAUCUUGGCUGACUACACUGGAGUGGGCAUGUCGCAGGCAUCCAAUCCAGGCCCGUUCCUUGCCAAAAGAGUUGUGAGCAUCCUCCAGGACGGGUUUCCAAUCAGAAUCAAGGCCGUUAACAUAAUUAAUGAGCCCAGGAUUUUCAAAGGCAUCUUCGCUAUAAUUAAGCCAUUUCUGAAGGAGAAGAUGGCUGAGAGGUACAUCCUCCACGGCUCAGAUCUGAGCUCCCUGCAUCACAACAUCCCACGGUCGGUCCUGCCGAACGAGUACGGCGGCACUGCGGGCCACCUGGACAUGUGUGCGUGGUCUAGACUGCUGCUGGACUGUGAGGAGGAGUUUAUAGUGGAGUUUUGCCAGCCGGAUCCACUAGAGGGCGUGGUGCUCCCAGAAUCCAUGCUGUUUGAAGGAGAGCGGGCCAGUGGGCAGGACGACGACACUUUCAGGGUGCUGCGCUCCCAACUCUACUAUUGUUACUGAUGUGCACUGUAGAUGCAUAGAAUUCAUCACUGAGAGGACAUUUGUUUCAUCUGGAAUGUGUGUGUGUGUGUGUGGACCUUUAGAGGAUAAAGUUGCCAAUAUUAGAAAUGAUUUAUUUUACUAAGUAAGCAGCACUUCUUUAGGCAGAUUACCUAGUUUCCAUGUAGCCCAGCAUUCACUCAUAGUUCCAAGGCAGCUGAAGGCAAAGAAGCUUUUGACAUGAGCUGAGACAUAUACAGUCAGUGGUUCCCUCUGAAUAUAUUUCUAUUAUUCAAGAGAUAGGUUUACGUUUUGUUUUUUCCAACAGUCAGGUGUCCAUAUGUACAUUGCAAGAGGUUUUGCUUGAUGUCAUUAUUCCUCCUGUUCAUACUGAAUUGUCAGAUAGACCUUCCUGAUGUGCUUCCAGUGUAAGAGAGAGGAGAAAAUUCCACAGUCCUCAUUUUGUUUAGCAAGAGAAAAAAUGAGGCUUCAGCAGCCUCAGUUAGGCCAAUCAAAAGAACAUCUCUUAGAGUUACUGUUUUUUGAAGUACAAAAUUCCCUCUUUGUGUUUUUAACCCCCCUGCAACUGAGUGUGGAGACACAGACUAGCAAAACAGACAGAAACUUUAUACUAAAACGACUCCCUGAAGUCUUGCACUGGGUCAGGUACCCGCAAAAAUGAUGUGUAAGCAACCGAUGCAUUUAUUGUGAAGGCCUAUGGCACAACCUUUGACCCCUGAACUCACAUCCAGCUAACAGGAUAACGUAGGCUAGGCCUCAGUGUGUCAAACUGGGUAAACCCAAAGUGAAAAUAGCCAGCGGUGAAUACAAAGUUGUAAACAACACAUCAUCAAAUGCCAAGUCGUACGUAUGUGAGACGUUCACUUGUUACAAGCAGUGAGAAUAAUGUUAUCAGUGGCUUUGCUGAUUGUAAAUAGUGUUAGCAUUUGAUAGCGUCAAGCUAGGAACUUCUCACUAAGGGAAAUGCUGCAGAGCCCACGUGCUGUGUCCAUCGACAGGUAUUUUUCCAAGAAUACAACUCGUAAGCACUUCAAAGUAAGUGACUAUGUAGCUCAAAGUCUGUUUUAAUUAUGGGAGCAGGUCGGGUUGGGGGUCUCAUGUUGAUGGGUCGGAUCCAGAUUUAAUUUAGAAAUAACUCAAGAGUUAACGGGUCAGGUCUGAAACAGAACUUUGUGGGUGUGGGGCAGGUGUGGGUUUUUAAAACUGGACCUGUGCAGGACUCUUGACACUAACCUCCUGACCUGGCAAACAGACUGCUUAAGUUCCAUGUCAGCUUCAGCUAAACUUUGUAGAAAGGGAUUUCUGAAUGGCUGGUAUGGACAGGAGGAAUUGUUACAGCAAGCAAUAAGUGUUUCACUAUACAUUUGGACAUGCCAGUUCUGCUUUAGUACAAACAUGUAAAUAUACCCUUUUAAUGUUUUCCUUUUGUGAAUUCUGAAAUCAGCCUCUUCAGUGGAUACAGUUUUUGUGUAUGUAGCCGUCCAAUACAUUGCCUUACAAAUGUAGAUUCUCUUAGGGGUGUGAUACAAAUCAUGUUGGAUUUGUUUGUACCAAAGCAAUAUUCAUGUAUAUUCUCAUCUGGUAUUGUGUUGCCUAAGGGUGGUUAUAUUAUAAUGUAAAAGAUUUCCAGGUAAAUCUUUUUGCUCAGUAUCUAGCUCAUGCACAGUAUUUUAGCGUCUUUGUUAAGUUGAUGUUUUAAUUUUCUCUAGCUUGAAUCAAUGGAGAGGAUUAUUCUUCCAAGUUUAGUUAAUCUGCCUUUUUAAAAAUCUUUUUUUGACCUGUUUGCCUGUUUUAUCACACAGUCUUAACAUGGAGCCGUGACUGUUCACAUGAGGAAUAGAAUGACCAGUCCUGGUUUGCCAAAAUUUACACUAGGCCAUUUAUAGAAAUGUGCAAUAAUGUUGAAUGUGUUUUCUUGUGGUAGCCCAAAACCUGAACAGGCUUGUUGAGUCUUUUUUUAGUUUACGCAUGUUUGUGACUAUAAGCUGUAUUGCAGAGGUUGUUUAUCAUUGGUAGUGUACACAGUAAAUUUAAACUCAAACAGCAA